CCCUGAUGUUUGAGAUGAUGAUUUCGACUCUGACAUUCGAUUCGAUUCGAUUCAUGUUGGAUUGAUCGGCGCAAUCGUGGAAUGAACCGCAACGUGGAGCUUUUAGGGUUGCGGCUGCAGUGUAAGUCGCCAUCACCAAAACGAACGCAAAAUCCAAUCUUGAUGAGUGACGACGAAGCUCCUCGGGGUCUCAUUUUUGUUUGCUACUUUGGCAUCCUACUGUACGGAAGUGUAGCUCUUGACUACUUCUUUUAAAAGUUGUGCAUCAUUGUUUCCCAACCUGAACUGGAACCGAAGCAACGAUACCGACAUCAGAAAUGAGAGUCACGCCUCUGAUCCUCUUGGUGGCCGCGUUGCCACCGAUCGUUGCCUUUUCGUUGGUUGUGCCCAGGUCGUCGUCAUCAUGCAGUAGCCAGAAGAAGCUUUGUCCCUCCUUACUAUUUGGUGAACCCAUGAUGGGAGCCACCACAAGAACAAGACUACGAAUGACCACCAAGCCAGACAAGGACGAACAGAAGAGGAAAUCGGGAGAAGACGAGGAGGACGAAGAUAUGGAAAAAUUUUCCGCCUUUUUGCAACGCAUGAGUCAAUUGCCUCUGGUCAAUGGCAACGUGGUGGUACCACCAGAAGACAACACCCGUACUACUGACAACAACAACAACAAGCAAUCCUCCGCCAACAAAGAAACGCCUCCUUCGGGGCGCAAUCCAUUUCUCAGCCCCUUUUUUGGUCUCUUGAAUCUGGAAGACGUGCUGGGUAGUAGUGUUACUACCAACAGCAAAGAUGCUCUUCUUCCUACUAGCAAAAUGAACAGUAAAUCCACCAAAGAACGUCCCACAGCAGAAGUCAUCAACUCGUGGGGUCGCUUUGUCACUACGCUGCGACAAUCCAUUGGAGAUCCCUUUGGCAAUGAAACUGCCACUUCAGGCACAGUCGAGCCACCCUCUUUUUUUACAUCCUCCUUUUUAUCGAGUGCCUCGACGGCCACGGACGAUUUUGUACGAGAAGCAUCGACCAUUGCCGAAUCGGUGCUCGUGGCAGCCUCCACAGCGGUUUCCCCCGAUGCCUUUACCAACGUCAUUCAACAAGCCCGCAAUGUGUUGAAAUUUCAAGACGACCUCGUGGCCGCCGCCACCAAGACGGCGCGGGAUCGAGGGUUGGAUGGAUUUGAAGCCGCCGAACGAGCGCGGAAUACUACCGAUUAUGUAGCCAGUCUCGUGGCCGUGGCCGAUCAAGUCUUGCGAUCUGGCUAUGUCCAAAAGGAAGGCAGCUAUGCGGCUAUUGCGGGCGAUCGCGAUGGUCAAGCCAUGCUCUUGUUGGGCGAUAGUAAUGACGAUAGUUCGUCCUCGUCCAAACCGCUCUUUGACAAGAUUGCAUCCGCCCGAGCAAUUAGUUACGAAGAAUUUGGACCCGCCAUUAGUACCAUUGCCGAAAUGGGAUGGUUGUCGGGAGGCAUUUAUGAGAAUCAAGUCGAACGGCCGCAUGAACUGGAACACUCCAUUGUCGCCGAAGGCAUUAGUGCCGAUGUCUAUUGGAUGAUUACCGAUUCGGUGGAGAAUGAAGCGGACUAUGUCCUUGAUUCCAAUAACGACGACGCCAAGGACAUUUCCGUACGGACGAUUAUUGUACGGGGCUUUGAUGCCUCGGAUGAACGAGUGGAUCGGGAAGAGUUGUUGAAUGAAAUUUGCAACCUCAAGUCCCAACCAUUUUUUGAUGACGAUGACGACAACAACAUACCAGGUCUGGUGGUUCAUAGUGGCUUGUAUAAACUUGCCAAAGCUGUCUACCAGGAUAUCCAACGGUAUAUUGACUGGUCAGCACCCGCGCAAAAGAUUAUCUUUACGGGACAUUCGGUAGGUGGAUCCAUAUCCCUGCUGUUGACACUCAUGCUCGCCCGAGAUCGAGGAGUCGACUUUGUACGCAACAAGAUAUUGAGGGUGUUUACAUUUGGAAGCCCUCCAGCUUUCAUGCUGGAAAAGACUGUCGAGCGAAAGGUGCCGUCUCAGGGAUGUGAGAUUUUGGACUUGUUCGGUUUGCCAGCAUCGCUGGUCUAUGGACAGGUGCAACCCUGGGACCCAAUCCCUCGCCUGUUUUCUCCCAUUGACGGUUUGUACCCACUCGUUGAUGAUAUCGGGGAAGACGGGGUGACUCCGUAUGCCAGUGGUCCGCCGCGGUCCCUCCGUUUGGUGACGCGUGCUUUAGUGGAGGCAUGGGAAGGCUGGCCCCAGUUUCGGGACAAGAUGAGAGCUGCAGGACCUCAAGGGUAUCAGCCGGUCGGGUUACAGCAUAUCAUACUACCCGAGCCAGUCCGGUAUCUCACGGAUCGUUUUGUGAACGUCAAUGUGAACGUGCCACCCGCAGACGAACUUGUACGGGUAUCCCCCGCAGAGCUUUACGAGGCGUUGGAAACCAUCUUCCCAUUGGAUGUUUUUGAAUUGAGUUAUGUCACAUCAGCCAUUCGCGGGUUCCUUCAUCAUUUCUACCCUGCGUAUGAUGCGCCCCUGGUGGCCUAUGCCCAAAAGGUAAGCCGGGAAAGCAUGGUACAAACCAAACAAGAGGAAUUGGUACAAAGCAUUGAUACACCGAAAGUGGCUGACGAGGAGGAAGGCUCCGAUGGAAGCAACUCGUGGGGUUCCGCAGAGCAAUGGCUCAAGAAUGUUGUUCCCUCGGAGUGAUGUCAUGUCAUCAGAACAACGGGGACCUCCUGGCUUGAUGGUGCUGAGAUGGCAGAACAGCGGGGGCCUCUCUGGCUUGAUGGUGCUCAGAUGCAAGGAAUGCGAGAAACCCUGGUGUCAGCGGUUACUGAUUGAGAUGGACUCACGCAACAUCUGCUGCGGUCGCCAUGCCAGGAACCCUCAAGCCAGAAAGACCAGUGCCAAUGCAAAGUCUCAAGCUG